CGCGGGAGCCGCUGGGGCGCAUGCUGGGCGCGGGAGCCCGAGGCGCGCCGGCCGGAGGCGGCGGGGGCCCGCGCGCAGGCAGCCAGGAUUGCAUACCACCUGCAGCGUCUUUUCGGAGGAGGCGGCUGGCACGGAGGCCGGGCUACAUGAGAAGUGCAGCUGGGCCCCGGAUCGGGUUCCUCUACCCAGCAGUGGCCGCUCCGUUCCAGGCCCAGGGAGGGGCGUGCGGUGAGGAGUCCCACCAGUCUGAGUCCAGGGCCGGACGGUGUGGCCUUGAUUCUGGAGGCCAGUGGCGAGGCCCCUCGGUUGGGAGCCCUGUUCCUAGGAGCACAGCAGCCUCGGCUCCGACCUCUGGGGGCUACCUAGGCCUGGCUCUGACCCCUGUGAGAAGGCCCUCGGGGCUCUUUGGGAUUCAGCUCAGAGCUGGCACCAAGCCACCUGCCAGGCCAGCCAGGUCGUGUGGCCCUGGGGACACUGGGUGGCAGGGGGAGCUCCCAUCCAUGGACAGUUCUGAGGCUCCAGGUCCUGGCCGGGAUGCUGCUGGAGGCGGUACCUGGACAAAAGGCUGUCUGUCUCCAGAGGAGGCAAGUGGCAGCAGCUACAGCCUUGGAAGUGUCCCCAAGGCCCCCCCAACCCCUGCUGGCUCUCAGGAUGCCUUUACGUCAAGCUUUAGCUUCAUACGGCUCUCACUUGGCUCUGCUGGGGAACGUGGAGAAGCUGAAGGCUGCCUGCCAUCCAGAGAGGCUGAGACCCCUUGUCAGAGCCCCAAGGAGGCGGAAGUGAAGGCUGCCAGCAUGGACAGGCCCCACGAACAUCCUCGACUCUUCUCUCCCCACUUCACUCUCAAGACUAUUCCCAGCCUGGCGGACUCUGCCCAGACCACAGGGGGCAGCCACAGGCCGGAGUGUGACAUGCUUUCUUUGUUGGACACGGACACUGCCUCCUCCUGCUCCCCAGGCCCCUGGCGGUCUGAGGGCAGCAGCCUGGGGGAGGCUCACCUUUGGGAGACGCUGCUCAGGAGGUGCGAGCCUGUGCUGCUGGACUGCCUGCUGAGCGACCGGAGGCAGCUGGAGGUAAAAUCCCUAAGAUUAAAGCUUCAGAAACUUCAAGAAAAAGCAAUUGAAGAUGAUGAUUAUGAUAAAGCUGAGGCAUUAAGACACAGAUUGGAAGAGCUGGAGAAAGAGAAGAACAGCCUGCACUUCCAGCUUCCUUCCAGGCAGCCAGCCCUCUGCAGCCUCCUGGGCCACCUGCACGCACAGGCCCAAGCAGCCGUGUGCCAUGGGGCCACUCCGGCCUGCAGUGAUGACCCCCAUACCACCCCCAGGAUGGAGCCGAAGCUGUGGGAGCCCACUGCUCAGGACACCCUGCGUGUGUCCAUCACCAGACGAGACUGGCUUCUUCAGGAGAAGCGGCAGCUGCAGAAAGAAAUCGAAGCUCUCCAAGCAAGAAUGUCUGUGCUGGAAGCAAAAGAUCAGCAGCUGAGAAGGGAAAUAGAAGAGCAGGAGCAGCUUCUCCCAUGGCAGGGCUAUGACCUGACCACCCUAGUGGGCAGGCUGUCUCUGGGCGAGCUGCAGGAAGUCCGCAAGGCCUUGCAUGACACCCUGGCCUUUGCCAACCAGAUUCCCAUCUGUGCAGAACCACCUGAAACCAUAAGGAGCCUCCAGGAACGGAUAAAAUCCCUCAACUUGUCACUUAAGGAAAUCACUGCUAAGGUGUGUAUGAGUGAGAGACUCAGCAGCACUCUCAGGAAGAAAGUGAAUGACAUUGAAACCCAACUCCCAGCAUUACUUGAAGCCAAAAUGCUUGCUGUAUCAGGAAAUAAUUUCUCUACAGCCAAGGAGCUCACAGAGGAGAUUAGAACAUUAACAUCAGAAAGGGAAGGGCUGGAGGGACUCCUGGACAAGCUUCGGGUACUGAGUUCCAGAAAUGUCCAAAAGCUGGGGAGUGUUAAGGAAGAUUACAGUAAACUGAGAAGAGAGCUGGACCAGGGGGAAACUGCCUACGAAAUGAAUGUGAAGGAGAAUACUAUGAAGUACAUGGAAGUGCUUGAGGACAAGCUGCGUAGCUGCAAGUGUCCACUGCUUGGAAAAGUGUGGGAAGCUGACUUGGAAGCUUGUCAGUUGCUUAUCCAGGGCCUACAGCUUCAGGCCAGGGGCAUACUAUCUGCAGAAGAUGAGAGGCAGACAGAUGACUUAGGGGGAGCUGCCUGUACAUCCACUCCUGCCAUCUCCCCCAGGCUCCACUCUGAAGUUGAGAAGAAGACCCCUUUGCAAGCCUUUGAAGAUUGGAAGGUUCAGCUGAGCCCAGCUCUGUACUUUGCUGGCAGCGAACAGAAAGAGGAAUCUUGCAUCCUUUCUGCAGAACUUGGAGAAAAAUGUGAAGCCAUAGACAAGAAGUUACUGUACUUAGAAGAUCAGCUUCACACAGCAAUCCACAGCCAUGAUGAAGAUCUCAUUCAGAGUCUCAAGAGGGAGCUCCAGAUGGUGAAGGAAACUCUGCAGGCCAUGAUCCUGCAGCUCCAGCCAGCAAAGGAGGUGGGAGAAAGAGAGGCUGCGGCUUCCUGUGUGACAGCUGGUGUCCGGGAAGCACAGGCCUGAGGCAGGACAGCAUGGGAGGAGGAGGGCGAGCAGCCACGAGCAGCCACGUCAGCACCCGAGGCCUCUCUCACCUCCCCUGCAUGACCCAGGUGCCUGAAUCAACUACAGACACAGGGCCUGAAUUUGGAGGGGGAUGAUCUGCUGGAUUUCCUUCCGAAUGCCAGCCAGAGGUACCUUUCCCAAGUCGUUCAUCGGAGAGUCCUGCACCGAACUUGAAAAUCUUCUCGUCUCAGUUCCCAUUAGACAGAAGUUGGGGUUGAAUUCUGCUAGAAAAAUGUCUCUUUUCCUGUACCAUCUUGCUUGCUGCUGCAAUUAAAGUAUCUCCUGAUUUAAGAA